AUGACUUCCAAUAAAUAUCCAAUAACUUUAAUUGUAGCAGUACUUAAAUCAAAUUAUGGUAUAGGUAAUAAAGGCACUCUACCAUGGAAACUAUCAAAAGAGAUGAAGUAUUUCAAAAAAGUAACUACUGAUGCACCUGAUGAUUUGAAAAAUGUAGUUAUAAUGGGAAGAAAAACAUGGGAGUCAAUACCUAAGAAAUUUAAACCAUUAAGUGAUAGAAUUAAUGUAAUUUUGUCAAGAAGUUAUAAAAAUAUAAUUGAAAACGAUGUCAUAUAUGCCAGUGAUAUUGAAAAUUCAUUUAAAUUGUUACCUAAUAAUAUCAACAGAGUUUUUUUAAUCGGUGGUGGUGAAAUAUAUAAUUGUUAUAUAGAUCAUUGUUCAAAUUUAUUGAUUACUGAAAUUGAAUCAAAAAAGGAUGAAAAAUUAGAAAUGGAUACAUUUUUAAAAAUUGAUUUUGAAAAUUGGGAAAAAUCAAAUAAGGAAGAAAUUGAAAAAUUCACUGGAAUUAACAAUAUCGAAGAAGAUAUAAUUGAAGGUGAUUUUGUUUACAAUUAUACUUUGUGGAAGAAAAAAGUCAUUGAAUAA